CCUUCAGAUUAGCUGCCCAUCACUGCCAUGAAGAUGUUGUCGGCGGUCGGUCGUACCAUUGCUACCCCGAGGGUGUUGCCAGUGGAAAAGAAAAUUUCUUUGCCGGUGGAAAAACGGAUUCCCGGCAGCCCCAAGGGCUCGGAAAGCAAGACGUUCGACUUUAACAUUCUCGCGGUAGCAGAUUGCUCACCCCGUACGCCCACUUCGCGUCGGCACAGCUUGCAGGGAGAUCAGUCAGUAACCAGCGUCGCAAGUCUGAAGACGCCACGGGUGCGGAAACGACCUUCCAUGGUCUCGCAGAGUAGCAGCGUGAGCCAGCAAGGUCAGGAUGAUAGGCAAGUGGAUGCACUGGUUAGUGCGGGUGUUGGCUCUUGGGCUGGAAGCCAAGCAGUUGGCUCUCUCAAGACUGGUGCUGAAGGCAUAGUAGAACCAGAAGAGUUGUUGACAGGCUUAUGCCCUCGCAGUGAUCAGCCUCAGUGUGGCAACAUCAAAGAAGCUCAUCUCAGAGAGGUCGAAAAUGUGGUGGUUGACUGUGAAGGCUUGCUCUUCAACGUUCAGGAAUCGGACGGCCCAAAGUCCUGUUCAGAGAACUACGUGCGAAAGAACGUUGAGUUCUUGAACGCUCUGGCAGACGCAGGGAAGCGCUUGGUCUUUUGCGACAGUGCCAAUUUGCAGGUGACGAGGGAGCGGUUCCUUGAACAGCUGCAGAGUAAAGGAAUCAAGAAGGACAGGUGCCAGGUCUGGACUCCUGCCUGCACUGCAGCCUGGUAUCUGAAAUUGCAAGGAUCAGUUAAGCCAUUGAUCGUUUCAACGCAGGCUGCUUUCGUGCAGGAAAUGAAAGACCUUGGCUUCAAGGAUUGCCUCAGCAUUUUGGAGGAGAGCGAACUCAUAGAAGAGCUGAGCGUCCCAGAUACAACAGCAGGAGAAGAUCAUUUAGAGGCAGCCCUGAAGCGUUUGGGACGUGCUGAUGCAGUAGUCAUUGGUCCUCUGAAGGACAUGUCGGCCCUGAUGACAGCCCUGAUCGACAGCAUACUGGACGUAGUCUCAGCGCAAUCCACGUGGCCCAUGCUAGUGUGCUGCUGCCCUCCACGGACACGGAAAAAAAUGAAGAUCAUGAGGAGCUCCGUGGCUGGACAGCGCUUGUUGCGGGGGGUGCUUCACGAGGAAUUUAUCGAUGCGCAAUGGCCAUCCAUCAUGCUGUCAGCCGCAUUGUGUGACACACAGCGCUUCAAACCGGGUGAAACUUUGAUGAUUGGAAGGAGCUUCGAAAAAACUGCAAGGUUUGCGUACAGGGCUGGCAUGUCAUGCCUCCUGGUUUUGGACACCCUCGAGGGCCAACUUCAGUUGACCAAGGAGAUGCGCAGGGAAUGUGUGCCUGACUAUGUCGCUCCCAGUCUCGGGCAUGUCAUGGGCAUCGACUGAGAUCUUCCGACGUUUUGAAUUUUUAGAUGGCUUUUUGAAGAUCAUGCGCCCGUAGGCCGUAGGACGAACAUGAUCAAGAUAUGGAGCUUGAGAACGAC